CUUUCAAACUGCUCUCUUUAUCUCCACAGUCCAGCAGCAUCAGUUCUACAUUUUGUCCAUAUGAGUGCUCAUUUGUCGCUUUUGAAACCUUUGAACACAGACAAUGGAAUAUAUUACAGGUCCUCAUCCCCUUUUAAAAAGUCAAAAGCCAUCUACAAAUCUCCCAAAAUAAAGUUAUCCAACAAAAAUUAUAGAAGAUACUCCAAACAAAAUGUCAACUCUAUCUAUACAAUUCAGAAUGAUUCUUCUUUCACUAUUGAUUCCACAGAUUUGAACAAUGGAAACUUAGUUUCUAAAAGUAGAGAAGAUAAUUAUAAUAAUCAAAAUCGGAAUCAAAACAUAAACCAAAAUCAAAAUCAAAAUCAAAAUCAAAAUCAAAAUCUAAAUCUAAAUCUAAAUCAAAAUCUAAAUCAAAAUCUAAAUCAUCACAACCAUCAAAAUAAAAACAGUAACAACAUUACUAAUAAGAAAUUCUUUAAAAAUUCUAAGAAUUCUAAUAAUAGCCCUAUAUCUCAAUCAAGUUAUGCUAAAGACUCUAUUGAAUAUAAACAGCACUUGGUUCGAAAAAUAUUUUUUCCAACUGCUUCUAAAGAUUCAAAUUUGAAUGACUUUUUACCUGCUCUAACUUCCUUUGCGGUUUUAGAUUUAGAUUUAUAUUGCUUUUUAGGACUUUUGUUUAAAAAUUUUAUUAAUGAAUGGUAUACAAAAAUUACUGAUGAUGAGAGUUUUUUGAAUGAAAUUAUCUCAAUAGUAGCUCACGUCACAAGAAAUCUAGAAAGUAGAAUAAGAUCUAAUUUAAAUUUAAUUAGUUUAAUUUUUGAUAAGAUUCCUUAUAUUUUAAACAAUCAUUUAUUGAUUUAUUCUUUUUCUAAAAGAAACUUUAAUACUCAAUUAUUACCAUUUGAAAAUUUGCUGGAUUGUUUUAAUUUUUUAAAUCCACAUCCUGCUUUAUCUCCCUCUUUCCAUGAUUAUUUUUACAAUAAACAGUCAAAUGAUGAUAUUGAAUUUAGUUUUGAUUUAAAUGGCUUCACCGAUAAUAUGUUAGAAAAUCAAUAUUUACAAAUUUUGAGCAAAGGACUAACUUCACUCAUUUUACCUUUCGAAGAUUUGGACUCAAAAGUCACAAGUAAUUUUGUUUCCAUAUUAUUAAAUAAAUUAGUUUUAAAUGUUAUUGUUGAAAAAUUAUCUCAAACACACAUAAUUUAUGAAUUAUUAAUCACUUGUUGCGAAAAGAUUCAAGAAAAUUUAUCAAAUGAUAAUCAAAACAAUAUGAAUCAGUUUAAUGAGAAAAUUGAUAAUAAAAGAAGUUAUAAAGAUAUUGUUAUAUCAUACUUUACUUCUAUUAGUAAAUUAGUUGCCAAUGCAACUAGUUCCAUUGACGUCAAGAGUAUUAUAAUGAAUUUUAAGAAUAACGGGUUUAAGAAUUCACUUAUUAAUAAUAACAAAAAAGACAAUAAUUACAUUUUAGAUUUUGAAAAAUUCAAUAAAAAUAGUUUGGAUAAAAAUAAAAAGGGCCAUCAAAAAGUUUUGCAAAAUAAUAAUGUUAAUUCAAAUUUUAAAACAAAAAAUCUGUUCAAAAAUAUCAAAAACAGUGAUAAAUCUAGAAUUGAUAAAACUAUUCCAAUUACCAGUCGUUAUAUUUUCAAGUUUUUAAAUAAUUUUUUAAACUUAAGUGAUGAAAACACCUUUUUGGUACUAAUUUUUAAUCUAUUGAAUAAGGGUAUAUUAUUAUAUGACGAAAUGGAUUGCAAUAAUAAAAAUAACGGUCUUUACAAUGAUGAUAGUAAUUAUGAUAACAUCAAUAAUAAUAAUGAUCAUAAUGACCAUGAUGAUCAUAAAGACUCUAAAGGUGUUAUUAACACUUUUAAAGAAGACAAAAAACCAUUUCGGAAAGAAAAUAAUUCAAUAAAUAAAAAUAAUUUGAAAACAAAAAGUCUGAAUUCAAAACAGAAAAAAAAUAAUGUAAAUUAUUUGAGUAAAAUUUUUGACAAUUUAUCAACUAGUAGAUUAAAAAUUAGUUUGAAAUUAAAUAAUCUAAUUAAUAAUUUAAUUGAAAGAUUGAUAAUCGACAAAUUUUUAAAAAAUGAGGAAUUUUUAAGUGAAAUGGUUCAAAUUGGCAGAAAUGUUCUUUUUCCAAAUGAUAAUGAUUUAGGACCACCUCCUAUUUUACCGAAUGAAGAAGAAUUAAGGCUAUUAGAAAUAAAAUGUUUUAAUAUAAUGAAACAAACAAUACCAAACUGGAUAAAGAUUUUUAUAUUAAAUGACAGGAUUUCAAAAACAAACAAUAUAAAUGAUAAAAGCUUAGAUGAUCACGAAAAAGAAUUUGAAAUUGAAUCCAAAACUGAUAUUAAAAUUUACAAUUUUUUGGAAAGUUUCAAAGAAGUUAAGGUUAAUAAAUACUUGAUAUACAGGUUACUUGACUUAGUAUUUAUCGAAUUGUUUCCCGAGCUAAGUGAAUAUAGUAGCGAAUAUUUAAAUAGUUUGUAUGAUAUAUAAUAAAUUUUAUAUACUGCUAAAAAGAAUCUUGA